AACCUACUAUGGAAUCGAUCAAGAGAAAAAAUAGCACCCGCGUCAGCUGUGGCACGAUCCCAGAUCAACGGAGAUGAAUCACGGCCGUCUGAUUUCUGGUGGAGGAUGGCUACUCCGGAGACUUUGCACGGCGGCUGAGAGUCCAGCAAAAAGUCCAAACCUCUAUCGAAUAUUAUCGGCGUUGAAAAAGACUGGAGGAAGCGUGUCGGAAACUUUGGACAACCAUGUAAUGCAAGGCAAAUCCAUAGAAAAAACAGAACUCGAAAGAUGUGUCGAGGAACUCCGUAGGUAUCGCAGAUUUCAGCAUGCACUCGAGGUAAUUGAAUGGAUGGAGAUGAGGAAAAUUAACUUUUCCUGGCAUAAUUAUGCAGUGCAAUUAGAUCUUGUGUCCAAGACCAAAGGGGUGGUUGCGGCUGAAGAGUUUUUCAGUGGUCUUCCAACUCCGGCCAAGAACAAGAAUACGUAUGGUGCUCUCUUGAAUUGUUACUGCAAGGAACUAAUGAAAGACAAGGCAUUGAGUCAUUUUGACAAAAUGGAUGAAUUGGGUUAUGUCUCUUCUCAGGCUUUCAACACUUUGAUGGGUCUGUAUAUGAGAAGUGGUGAACCCCAGAAAGUGCUUGACCUGGUGGAGCUAAUGAAAAGGAGAAGCAUUCCCUUGUCUACAUUCACGUAUCAUGUCUGGAUGAACGCAUGUGCCUCUUUGGGCGAUCUUGAUGGGGUGGAGAGAGUCUAUGAGGAGAUGAAAACUGAAUAUCGAAUUGGUUGGGAGACUUACAGCAACCUUGCUGCUAUUUAUGUGAAGGUUAAGGACUUUGAGAAGGCUGAAAUGAUGCUUAAGGAGCUGGAGAAACGGGUGAAGCCUAGGCAGCGUGAUGCUUACCAUUUCUUGCUUGGCCACUACGCUGCGACAGGUAAUCUGGGAAAAGUUCAGAGAGUGUGGAAUUCCCUCAAGUCUGUCUCCCCUGUGACCAAUUUUAGCUAUAUGGUUAUGCUUAGUACCCUCCGAAGGCUUAAUGAUAUAGAGGGCUUAACAAAAUGCUUUAAGGAGUGGGAAGCUAGUUGUGUUAGCUAUGAUGGUUGGUUUCAGGGUUGGUUUCAGGGUUACUUUCAGGGUUGGUUUCAUCUCUGCCAAAUUCUCCCGACCUCCACGAAGACUUCCCAGAAUAAUCGCUUCUCACACCUCCUGUGCGAACUCGACGCCACUGUCAUCGACUAUCCAAAGCAUUACGAGUUGCGUUAUGUGCACUAUGUGGCUCGGAGGAACAUUAGCACGGAGUGGUCGCUACUAGAGAGGGCGUUGUCUCCAGACUGUGUGAUACUCAGAGGGUUUUCUAGGUUUGACGGGGGAAUGGGUGCAAGCGGUUGUUUAGGAUUUUUGGGAGGAAUUUUCUUAGUAAAGGUUGGCUUUCCCCGUGGAUGA